UUCAUAGUUGAGAAAAAAGAUUAAGAGUCCAUAAAUUGUUAGACGACCAAAUGCCUAACUCGCAUUCUACUCAUCAUCUCAAUCCAAUGGGGACGUUAUCAUUCAACGCCCUCCUUCUUGCCUUUUCUCUUCUGCAUUUGCAUCUUCUUCAUGCCCAACCCUCCCAAAACGGGUUCAUCAGUAUUGAUUGUGGGGUAAAUUCAAGCUAUACAGCAGCAACAACGGGUAUAAAGUAUGUUCCAGAUUCAAAUAUGGUGGAAGCAGGAAUGGUAAAUGUUGUAGCAACAGAUUAUAGAUUGGAUAGUCUGCUUAAACAACUAUGGACAUUAAGAAGCUUUCCUGAAGGGAUAAGGAAUUGCUACAAAAUUCCAGUAAAAAUUGGGACUAAAUAUUUGAUUAGAGCAAGUUUUUUGUAUGCAAAUUAUGAUGGCAAGAGUAGUGUUCCACAGUUUGAUCUAUAUUUUGGACCAAAUUUCUGGGUAACAGUGAAUCUAGCAAAGGAACAAACUAUUGAUAAUGAGGAGAUAAUUCAUAUCACAACUUCAAAUGAAGUGCAAAUUUGCUUAGUGAAUACAGGAAAUGGAGUGCCAUUUAUUUCAUCUAUUGAGUUAAGGCCAUUGCCAAAUACAACUUAUGUACCUGUGAGUGGAUCAUUCACCACUUUCUUGAGGUUGGAUAUUGGUGCUCCAAAUGAUACUUUCAUCCGAUUUCCAGACGACAUAUAUGAUCGUAUUUGGGGUCCACCAGCACCACUUCCAAAUUGGAGUUCAUUAAGUACUUCACUUACAAUCAACAACCAAGAUGAAGCUGGUUUCAUAGUACCUUCUAAGGUGUUAAGUACAGCUUCCACAGUGAAAAAUGCAAGUGCACCAAUGGAAUUCUUUUGGAGAGAUUCUGAUCCUUCAACUGAAUACUAUGUUUAUAUGUAUUUUGCUGAAAUUCAAGUGUUGACAUCCAAUCAAUCAAGAUUAUUCAAGAUCUAUCUUAACGAUAAUCUUUGGACUAAAGAUGAUAUUCUUUUUGAAUAUCUUACUGAAAACGUGGUUCGCAGCUUGCUCCCUUUGCCAAUCAGUUCUACUUAUGACUUUAAACUCAUCAUGUCUCAAGGCUCUACUCUUCCUCCCAUUUUGAAUGCUGUUGAGAUUUUUAAAGUCAUCAACUUCCUUCAACUCACCACACAACAACAAGAUGUUGAUGCCAUUGGAUCCAUAAAGAAAUUUUAUGGGAUUACAAAAGACUGGCAAGGAGAUCCAUGUGCCCCAAAAACAUUUGCUUGGGAAGGUCUUAAUUGUAGUUAUGAUGCUUCAAAUCCUCCUUCAAUCACUGGCCUAGAUUUAUCAUCAAGUGGAUUAAGUGGAGAAAUUUCAUCCAGUAUACCAAAUCUUGCCAACCUAGCUCUUUUGGAUUUGUCAAAUAAUAGCUUAAGUGGACCAGUACCUGAUUUUCUUGUUCAAAUGCCCCUGUUGACUUUUCUAAACCUAUCUGGAAACAACCUAUCAGGACAAAUUCCUUCUGCACUUCUUGACAAAAAGAAGGAAGGUUCUCUUUUAUUUAGCUUUGAUGGAAACCCUAAUCUACAAGAGACAAGCCCAAGUGAAAAGAAGAAGAAUAACAUAGUAGUUCCUAUUGUAGCUGCAAUUGCUGGUGCUGUCGUCAUUUUAGUAUUGGUUUUAGUUUCAAUUUACUUCAUUAGAAAGAAAAGAAACUCUGAAGGUCCAAGGAUAGUGGAUCCACAUUCACCAAUAAAUUCUCAAGUUGAACUUCAAUCACCAAGUCGCAAAUUUUCCUAUUCAGACAUAUUAAAAUUUACCAGUAACUUUAGCAAAUUAUUGGGUGAAGGUGGAUUUGGUAAAGUUUAUUAUGGUCUUAUGGGCAACACUGAAGUGGCUGUCAAAAUGCUCUCUCCAAAAUCAGCUCAAGGAUAUAGAGAGUUUCAAGCUGAGGUUGAUCUUCUAUUGAGAGUUCAUCAUAGAAACUUAACAGGCCUUGUUGGAUAUUGCAACGAAGGGGAGACAAAAAUGGGACUUGUCUAUGAAUACAUGGCCAAAGGAAAUCUAGGAUCAAUUCUUUUAGAUGGAAGAGGAGAAGUUUUAAGAUGGGAAGACAGACUUCAAAUAGCAUUGGAUUCAGCACAAGGAUUGGAAUAUCUACACCAUGGUUGCAGGCCACCCAUUGUUCAUAGAGACAUUAAAUCAAGCAACAUUUUAUUGAAUGAAUAUUUACAAGCAAAACUUGCUGAUUUUGGCCUAUCUAGAGCUUUUCCUUUGGAAGGAGGUGCCACCCAUGUGACAACCAAGGUCGUUGGAACUCCGGGAUACCUAGAUCCAGAGUAUUAUACAACGUACAAAUUAACAGAGAAGAGUGAUGUUUAUAGCUUUGGAAUUGUGAUUCUAGAACUCGUGACAGGGAGACCAGUUCUAGUGAAAACGAGUGAAAAAAGUCACAUUAUUCAAUGGGUUGAUUCAAACAUUAACCAAGGGGACAUAUAUUCAAUAAUUGACCCAAAAAUCAAGGGUGAAUGCAAUACAAACUCAGUGUGGAAGGCAGUAGAAGUAGGAAUGUCUUGCACUGCCAUUAAUCCAAUGAAUAGACCAACAAUGAGUCAAGUUGUAAGUGAACUCAAAGAAUGUUUAAACCUUGAGUUAAAUCACAGAGCUCCUCAAAUGGACUCUACAACUUCCAUUUCCUCAACAUUCCAUUCUGAGCUUGGUCCGGUGGCUAGAUAGAUUAUUUUGUAUUACUGAAGAAAAGCCUUGUAUAAUUGUUCUCUCUUCCUUUUUCAAUUAGUAUGUCAAAAAAUGUUUGUCAUUUUGUUCUGUGUGUAACAAGAUCGGAACUAUUAUUUGCAAGGUAUGUGAAGUGUUCUGUUUCAUCAA